AUGACUCCAUGACCCACAAACGUUUGAGUUGCUUUGCAGAAUGAGGAAGCAAGUAACCCUUAACCAAAAAAAGCAUGGCGUUUUGUGCAUGGUGGAUUGGUUGGUAUAUGGAAGGAAGCAAUCUCAAAGCUGUUUCUCUAAAUCCAUACUAUAUCUCCUAUAAAUUAAUCAGAAUUAUAGUAUUCAUUUAUACAGCUGGCUUGGUAUCCCAUUACGGCUAAUCCCAAGUGAUAAACUCUUCUUGCUUCUUUCCUUUAGAAACUCUUCCUUUUAUAUACUCCUUUCAGUUACUGCCAUCCAAAUCCUCAGCAAUGGGGUCAGGGUUCAAGUAAGUUUUCCUUUCUUGGUAUUUUUCCAUUGAGAUCAUAUAUUACAGGUUCUAAUCACUUGUGUUUAAGGUAUGGUCUAGACUUUAGAGUCAUAUUACUGUUUAGCUCUGCUAUUGUUUUGAAGCUCAGAUUUGUUUAAAAGGAAGAAAAAAAUUUCCCAUUAGUUUCUUUUGAUCAAUGAGCAUACCAGGGUUUUUCAUUAUCUGUAUGCUCCAUUCCAUAGUUGCUCUUACUUCUGGAGCUUUAAUGAUCUUUUACACCAAGGAAGUCUCAGUGUUUGGUCAUGGUCAUGAGAUUGCAAGUAAGCUACAAGGUUCAACACCCCAUGAUCAACUCUUGAUCCAAACAUCUGAAUCAUUUUCGGGAUUGCUUCUGUUCACUAUCGGAUUUGUAUUGUUCAUGGUGGCAUUCGUUAAAGACACAGAGUUCCAAAGCUUCUUUGCUAGAGGGUGUGUACUUCUUCAUGUUUCAAUGGCUAUCUGGAGAGUUUCUUUUGAAGGAAAGCUCGAGGAUCUUGCUCAUGAAUGGCCUAGACAAGCUCUUGGGGAUAUGGCCUUGGCACUGUCCUGGUUGUUCCUACUUGCAUAUUCAUGGAGAGAGAAGUAUGAUUAAUUGUGCUGAACAGGAAGAGUACUAGGAUUGACAGGAAUUGAUGACAAAAACUGUCUGGGUUCAACCAGGUUGGAUUUCUGAACUUCACAACAAACUGAGAAGCGAAUCCUGGAUCCUAAGAAAGCUGCCAUGGGAGAACUGAUGGAGUGAAGGGAUCCUGGAUUUGGAAGCUGCUUGGAUCUUGCUUAGGAUCUGGAACAUGCGUAUGUUCAAAGAAAAGUGAUAUGAGGCCUACAUGUUGGCUUCUGAUGCUGGGGCCAUGGCUCACAUGUAACAAAUUUUCCAUGUAAUUUUUUCUUCCAAAAACAAUAAGAUUGUCAUGACACUGUUUGAUUCGCAAAAUAAAAUAAAAAUCGAGA